AUGGCCAGCCAUGAUUCACAAGAUUCACAAGGCUACCACAUCACAGAUUGCCUACAGGCGACUUUGACAUCGCUCGAAGAGGAGACUGAGCGACACAGGCAAAACAUACUCAUAUCAUUGCAAUCCCAAUACAUUGCCCUUCUGGAGGAGAGACUCGAUUUCGAAGAAUCCACGGGGCCUCUCAUUGAGGUCAGCGGUAUCAGAAACGGGACCAAUGAUGAUGACAAGAUUCGCACUUAG